AUGUAUAGAGAUCGUCCAGUUCGUUUUCGAUGCUUUCUACAAAAUGCAAUAUAUGAUGUUCUUAAAAAUCGUGGAUGGAUAGAAUCACGAGAUGAUGAAGAAUGGGAUUUUUAUUGGUGUGAUGUUGGCUCGAUGAAAGAUCUUUUUGAUCGUGGCUAUUUUGAAGAACAUAUGCGUAUUAAUCAUUUUAGAAAUCAUUAUGAAUUAACACGUAAAGAUUUAAUGGUGAAAAAUUUAAAACGUUUUCGAAAACAAGUGGAACGAGAACAAGGUCGUUUGGAAGCACUUAAAUGUGAUUUUUUUCCGACAACAUAUGUUCUUCCCUCUGAAUAUCACUUAUUUGUCGAAGAAUUUAAACGAAAUCCAGAUACAACUUGGAUAAUGAAACCAGCAGCACGUGCUCAAGGAAAAGGAAUUUUUCUUUUUCGAAAACUUCAAGAUAUCACAGCUUGGCGACGUGGUGAAUAUAUGACAGCAUAUGAUAAAGAACAAAAUCGUGAAGCCGUCGAAACAUAUGUUGUACAACGUUAUGUUGAUAAUCCAUAUUUAAUUGGUGGCAAAAAAUUUGAUAUUCGUAUAUAUAUGUUGGUUACAUCUUAUAACCCAUUACGAGUAUGGCUUUAUCGCGAAGGUUUUGCACGUUUAUCUGGUACUCGAUAUACAGUAGAAAGUAUUGAAGAUACCUAUGUACAUAUUACUAACAAUGCGAUUCAAAAAACGGCACCAAACUAUGAUCCUGAUAAAGGCUAUAAAUGGUCCAUGGGUCGUGUUCGACAAUAUCUCAUAGCCAAACAUGGUCAUGAAAUUGUUGAUAUAAUGUUUAAACAAAUGGAUGAUAUAUUUAUUAAAAGUCUUCAAAGUGUUCAAAAAAUUAUGAUUAAUGAUAAGCAUUGUUUUGAGUUAUAUGGUUAUGAUAUAUUACUUGAUGCAAAUUUAAAACCUUGGUUAAUUGAAACAAAUGCAUCACCAUCAUUAACUGCAAGUAAUCAAGAAGAUAAUGAACUUAAAAUACGUCUUUUAGAUGAUAUGCUUAAUGUUGUUGAUAUGGAAGGACGUUUAACAGGCAAAGAAAAACGUAUUGGAGGUUUUGAUUUAAUUUAUAAUGAUGGUCCUGUUUAUUUUGAUGAAGCCGGUGUUGAAACAUUUAAUCUAAAUACUUUACGUUUAAAUAGUUUUCUUGGAUGUGCCAAUGAUCGAAAUGUACAACUUCGACAUCUUUAUCGACAAAAUCAAUUAAUUAAACGAAUGGAAAAAGCUGCCGCUGCCGCUGCAGCAGCAACAUCAAACAAUACUAAUUGA